AGCUUGCGAAAAAAUAUAAUAAAAUUAAAUAUUUUAAAUUAAUUUGUAUUUGCGCAAGCAACAGCACAUACUAAUACAAUGCUGAUUAAAGUGAAGACACUGACAGGCAAGGAAAUUGAGAUUGACAUUGAACCCACAGAUAAGGUUGAUCGCAUCAAGGAGCGCGUCGAAGAAAAAGAAGGCAUACCACCCCAACAACAACGUCUCAUAUUCUCCGGCAAACAAAUGAAUGAUGACAAAACGGCGGCGGACUAUAAGGUGCAAGGCGGCUCAGUGUUACAUCUGGUGCUGGCUUUGCGUGGCGGCAUUCAUAUCUAUCUAAAGAAUUAGACUGGCGGCCGGCGUGUUGAACUCGUCUUAGUAAAUUGGUAAUUGGUGAUCCAUUUAAGUCAUUUUCUACAAAGCCACUUUCAUGUUACUCAAAUAAAAGCCCUGAACGGCAUUUACAUAUUUACGAAAA